AUAACGACCUCGGAACCGCCCUUCAAGCUGCUCUGUUGUUUCGCGAGGGUGCAAUGAAGGAGCGGCUGGCACCCCCUGUUCGGGCAGCAGCUGUGGCAGCGCCCAGGCCCGCAGCGGGCUGCUUGGGCGCGCAGUUCGAAGGAGCGAGCGCGCGCUGCUUCCCUCAGCUUCGCUCUUCGCUCUUCAGCGCCGGCCCUCGGCGUGGCUGGGCGGCUCUCCCCCCUCCCCCGCCUCCGCGGGCGGCUCUCCCCCCUCCCGUGCCCCCCGCGGGCUGGCGCGGUGCUGCGGCACCUGUGCGCCUCAGCUGCGGCUUCCCUGAGGGGCGGCCGUUAUCCUACUGCCUUGUGAGCCCCGCAGGCUGGAAGCGAAGUUCUACACUAACCCCUGAAUGCUUUUCUCAGCAUUUCUUGGGGCAGCAUAAAAGCAAAUGCUUAGGGGUGUAUACGGGCAGGAGCAUUGAUUCUCAGAAAUGGACAACAGCAUUUUUCAAGUUUAUGAAGAUGAAAUCCAGUCACUGGAAGAAGAAAUUGAACUAUUGGCUGAAAAGUAUGAAGAUAGUCAACAAGAAUCCACUUUUUUUUCUGAUGAGGAGAUACUAAUGUCAAUAAGUUCAUACCAAACAGAAAUUAAGGGACAUGAAUUUCCUUCAAACCUGAAAGCUGAGCUUGAAACCCUAGAAACAGAUCUCUCAUUUUUAAUGAAAUUUACUGGUAUUCAGUUCACAAAUCAUUCCAAGAAAACAGUGGAAAAAACUAGAAACAGAACAGUGCAGAAGCACAGAUUAUCAGGAAAUUGCCACUCCCUGUCUUUUCAAUUGGACUUCCAGCUUCUUGAAAUGCAGAACAAAGAGAAUGUCUCUGUUGUUAUUACUGAUCUCAGCAUUAGAAUGGAAUCUGGAGAAAAUUCAGAUGUGAGCAAGUUUGUGGAAAGAGCUGAAGAAUGUGGCAAUCUCUUAACAUUUUUCAGAAGCUUUUCAUCUUAUGCUGAGUGGUAUGAACAUCGUAGAUGCACCUUCCGACAUUUCAAGGGUAAUUACAUCCUGAAACAUGAUCCUGAAGCAGGGCUGUGCAGAAGCUGCAGUGAAGUUAGUCAUCCAAAUAUGAGAAGUGAGUCGGGGGGAAGCAAGGGAAUAAUGGCCAAAUACCCUGAGAUCGUGACCCUUCCGGAAGGACUGCUGGGAGAUCACAUCGUUCUAAGGAACCCCAACACUCCCGGGUUUGAAUUAAUGAUUGUUUGGAAGAUACAUAUGGAUGAAGAAGGGGUAACUAUACCUGUUCUGGACCUCCUGACUAAAGUACCAGAGAAAGGCCUGGAGCAGAAGAUGGCAACUAUUGAAAAUGCACCCAGCCACUUCCGAAGCGUGCUGCUUCUCCUCGGGAUCGAGGCAGCUAUUGACAAUCUGAUUAAAGUGGUUGGCUCAGAAAAAUGAAUACCAGCAUUACUUACAACAGGUAGCAAUUUCAAAAGUAGUUUUAAUUAAGAUAUUGUGUUACACAGUCUAUAAUUUUAUUGGAUAUAAACAUUAAGUUAUUUUCCAUUUAGAAACCAUAAUCAUAAAACAUGCUAUCUGUACAAUUAUGGCACGUUAUAUAUAAAUUGUCAUGACAUGAAAAUAAAUACAGCCAUUUAAAUACAAAAAUGCCAAAUAAAAUAGUUACAUGUA